UGACUGCUCAGCUGUGUUUCUUCAGGACGAUUUUUGACGUGGUGUGGUUCUGAUGUUCUGAUCGCUGCAAAUGUUUGUAUUUUAUUUUUUCUUCGCUGACCGAUCAAAGAAGAUUUAUUUGCAGUGAGAACAAAGUUUCUUGGAAAAGUUUGAAAUUUCUCCAAAUGCGCAAAAAUUGAGAGAAACUGCAAGAUGGGACAAAAACCGGGUGACAGCAUUUUGUAUGAGUUACUUGUCUACUCAGAAUGGGUUCAAGAGCCAGAAAUAUUUUUGAAGUUAACCAAGCCGCAAAACAAGCUGCUUAAGUUUGCAACUCAUCCGUGGAUGUUGAAGGAAUUAAUUCCAAGAUCAGAAACUGUCAACGACAAAAUUGCCAGAUUGAUUUCUGCUAGAUUGCCAUGGCAAUUUGCUGUUGGAGAUGAAGGAAAAGUGGUGGCCAUCAUAGAGGACACCAUGCUGGAAAUCAGAACGUCCAGGGACGAAUAUUCUUCAAUUGUCGGCAAAGCCUCUAUUGCCAGAGACCUUUUUCCGCAGUACAGGAAAGCAGUCUGGAGUCCCGACUGCAGUUUAUUGGCUUGUGCCUUUAGCUCUGGAAAAAUUGGGCUCUAUGACCUCCUUGGGAGCAACAUUCUAAAUAUUGAGCCCAAAGUGCCUCCAAACGAAGAGUGGCCAAAUGCAAGUGAGGCUGUCAGUGGAGUUUUGUUCCUGGAGGAUAGGGUCAAAAGCCCGAAGUGGUCGUACGAGCUAAUCGCUAUCGAUUACAAGGGUAACCUACGCAGUUUUUUGGUGUCACCUACGGAAGGAUUCCGCGAGCAUCACACAUUCAACUUCUCGUCUUACUAUCGAAAUGGAAUCACCACCGUUUGCUUGUUACAACCAGGGAACUUGCUUCUCCUCGCAGGCCCCUCUGAUGUUCAGAUGGACCAAAAGGGAAGGGGUGGUAGUGCUGGCAUAUCUGUGUGGAGGGUUUUGAGCGACCACCCUUACUAUAUUCCUGCCAUGUCAAGUGAGGAGGACUUGCUCAGUAUUCAAGGCCCAAGAGGAAUUUGGGGCUGGUUGCCUUCAUUCAGAUACAGUCAACAGAGUGAUGUUUUGGCCAUGCGAGUCUCUCCAAAAAGCAGAUACCUGGCCUGCAUACACACAUCUGGUGCUAUUUCUCUUUGGCACAUCCCCUCCCUCCGUCUUUUCAAACACUGGAACUUAAAAGAUCAGCCUGACCACAAUGCUGUAAAUCCGCAACUGAUUCAAGGAAUUCAGGAAAAAACUAAAUAUCAAGAAAACUGCAUCGAUUAUUUACCUGUAGACAUUAGUUGGUGGUCUGAGCAGGUGCUCAUAAUUUCAAGAUAUUCUGGAGCCGUCAGUGUGUGCUCGAUAUCUGAUUUACAAAAUUUGUUGGGCGAAUCUCCUGAAUUUUUUGCUGGGCAGCCACAGAUUUCCGCGGCCUAUGGGGAUGGGAAGGGUUUUCUCAGCCUUGAAUGCGAAGUAAACUUUACCAGCAAGAAAAGGUCAGGCUCCCAAUUUGACGACUCUACGGAAGAGGAAGAGAUAGAUGAAGAAGUCAGCAGUGAUGACCUGGAAGUAAAUGUUGAUGCCUCUAUGUUGGCCAAAGGUGCUGGUGCCGUCAAAGCCGCUCUGUACUGGGUCACGGAUAGUGACAAAUUUAAGCCUCCAAGGUCUAAUCCAAAAAUAAUGAAACGAACAUAUCGAUUGCUUGGUCUCAAAAGCACAACACCAGAGGAACUCUAUUCUAGAAAGAUUGAAAAUGAGGAGUAUGGAGAAGCACUGCAACUUGCACGAGCUUAUGGUCUGGACUGUGAUUUAGUUUAUCAGCGGCAGUGGCGUAACCAGAAAGUGUCUGUCGCAACUAUUCAUGAUUAUCUUAGCAAAAUCAGCAAAAGGUCGUGGGUGCUGAAAGAGAGUACAGAGAGAGUACCUGAAACUGCAGCAGCAGCAAGAGAGUUGCUUCAGUUUGGUCUUCAUGCUACAAGCAAAAGAGUCUUGUUCUCUGUUGCCUCCAGCAGUGAAGACAGCAUGACUGGAUUUGAGUCAAAGCUGCAAACGCUGGAAGAUGGGGAUGAUCCCGAAAGAUUUGAUAAUGUUGACACUAGUGAUCUUCUCCAAGAGGACUUAAAUGCAGAGCAGACAGAAAUCAUUCGAAGUCGGCAGAAGCUCCUUAAGUUCAUGGACAUGCUUGCCACUUACGAAUUGAUUUUGGGCAAAGAAAGCGACAUCCUAUACAACCCAGACUUCUAUGACAAAUUCAGAAAUCAAUCUCCUUUGAAAUCGGCGCUGGAAUUUGCCCGUAAUGGAAAUUGGCAAGCUGUGAGCAUAAUGCUUACUUACCACAGCCACAGUCUCAUGAAACACAGACUUCCUAUAAUCUCCAAUUUACCAGAGACAAUUGAUCCUCAUGAAUACAGGUCUCUCCUGCCUGAAUGCGACGAGGAGGAAGUUGUCCCUCGGAUAACAGAUAUUUUACGGGAUCAGGAUUGGAGCGAAACUUUCUACUUCAGAAUGGAAGAUGAUGAAGGAAAGCUUCUAUAUGACGAAAAUCCAUCUUUAUUAGAAUUUGCCAAACCUGUACUUGAUAAAGAUUUGGUGACAAAUUGGUACAUUGCAAGGGCUACUCAGCUAGAAGAGCGGAGCAAACUGGUUGACCACGCAUUAAGUUUCAUCACCCUUGGCCAAGCAAGGAGUGUUACGGGUUUGGAAGAUUUGUAUGGGGAGCUAUCAACCUUAGAGACAAUGGUGUACGAUGUUCAGCUUGAGAAACUCAGUCUUGCUGGUCUUAGAAAGUACAACAAUCUUGAGCAGGCACAUUUACUAGUUAGCAAGUCUACGUCUGAAACGUUUAUCAGUGACUGUCGGCGCUUCCUUCUCCCUCACCUUCUCAGGUGCGAAAAGAAGCAGCCUGGGAGUAAAAGGAAACUAUUCCAUGACCUGAUUGUUGAUAUAAGUCGUUUAAGUUUGGUGCUUCCACUGCAGGUGUUCCGUCACUUUAAGAGUGAGCAAACUGGGCCUCUUGUGUCUUCAACCGAAGAAGUACUCGCUCUUGCUCUGGAUUGUGUCUACUCUUAUCCAGGUGCUGACCAGCUCGACAUUGCAUUUCAGUACAUUGACUGCUUGCCUGAAAAGAGUUAUGGGGAGACAAAUAAAGAUGUGCUCGAACUUCACUAUCAAGUAGACAAACUCCAAGGGCACUUAGCUGCUGCAGAAAUUCUCAGUCGUCAUGCCAACCUCAGCCUGCCAAUUUCCAAACUGAGAGACAUGGGCAAUGACGAAAAAGCAUCAUUCAUGACCUUGACACAAAUGGCUCGAUCCCUCACCAAGAGAACGCCAACUGCAACGCAGGCUCAGUGGAGUGCCCUGUUGACAGAUAUGCUAAGCUUGCAGGCAAAAGUCUUCUUGUGCAUUGAACUGGAAAAAUGUUUUGAGAUUUAUGCGGAAACGAUGCUGGCGUCUGGAAAUAAAGCAAACAUUCGAUAUGCUGGCUCAAUUAUGGAGUGCAGCAAAAGCGAAGCGUCUGAUAAUAACCAACAGAAAAUUCAGUAUGAUUCAAGUGUUUCUCUUAUACUGAAAGCCUCGAGAGAAUAUUUUGACUCCUCUGAAAGUCUGGCAGACCUCAGCAUGGAUUACGCAAAGUGUUGCCUUUUGUUGAUUACUGAUGAAAAUGAUGAGAUCAAGGAGGAGUUAGAUCUCAUUGCGUCGCUCCAAAUUCUUAAAGAUUUUGGAGUUUCGAUCCUUCCAAUUCAAGUACGCUUAACUUCCAACAAAUUGAAGCUGCUGAGAGAUUGCUUGAGGGCAAAAGCAACAUCGUACCGGAGUUCACAGCGCCUUCUUCAGUUAGCAAGUUUUUUGCGUAUCUGCAAAGAUGACUCAAGGGCAAGAGAAGCCUCUGUUUUAAAUUUGAUUGCUGAAGCUGCUUUAAAUGCAUGUGAUUACACGUGUUGCGCUGACAUCUGUCAGAAAAUGAUGGAUAGAUGUCACACUUCUGGCUGGGAAAUUGCAAGAAAAUUGGCAGAAUGUGCUGAUUUUCAUGAUAUUGCUGUUAAACGACGCCUUUUGGCAUUUGCGCUUAUGAAUUGCGAGCCUGUCGCAAUGCAGGAGCUGAUCAACCAGAGCCACAAAUUAGAAAUGCAAAUGCUGCAUGAAAGGAUUGGUAGCAAAAUGGCUGAUGGAGCAAUGAACAGUUUUACUGCAAUGAGUCCAACCAAUGAUGACUUUUGUGAUGCGCUCUCUUCGCCUGAAGUUGAGAGAAAGGAGUUCAUAGCUAUUCCAAGGAUAAUUCAGCAGUCUGCUGCUGUUUUGAAAAGCAAGACGAGAAACGUCCUGCAAAACAUAGGCAAUGAGACAUACUGGAAAUCAGCAUUUGAUUGGCUUCCACAAGCUGGAAAUGAGCGAUGCUCCAUCACAGACCGAGUUUUCACUCAAGGCUUCCACAGCUUCUAUUCUGACUUACAUGGUCCUAAUUGCCACGAGAGCAGCCUUGGCUAUCACUAUGAUAGUUUUUCCAUGCCAUUAAGUGAUCCAACCAUCGAUCUCUUGAUUUCAAUCGUGCGAGUGUCGAUUUUGGAAGAAAUCACUGAAAAGGAUUCUGAAGACGUUGGACUGAAUGACGACGUCAUACUCAAAGCUGUUAAGAGCGUCUUGCCUGAAGAUUUCCAUCUUGGCCUCUGUCUUCUAGCGUCGAUCAAAGAUCUAUCCCAAGCCAAGGAGCUCUUCCUGCAGCUUCCAAGAUCAAUAGUUACCCUGCAAACAGCUGCAUACUACUUUGCUCUGAAAGUGUGUGCCGAAGAACUGCCACCUGAUAAUUUUGAUGCGCGAGUGAAUUCCUCACUCAGCAAUCCCUUCCAGCUCAUCCAUGUAAUCAAUCAGGACAAACUUCCAAACUGCACUCCCACGGAAACAAGUUCCGAGGCACGGAAGCUCCUUUCGUCUUUCAUCGCACUGCAAGGGGAAUUUUUGCAAACGCUCCAGCUUCAAAGUCUGGACUGCGGAGUUGAUCCUUUGAGAUUCUCACACGAUGAACAAUACAGAAAUGAUUCCAUUUUAGGCCUAGCAAUGACGGACAACCCUGAACAACUUGAGUUGGCUCAAAGCCUGGCGGAAAAGUACAAGAUCUCAGCAUCGCAAUUGGCAAUUUCAUUUUUGACUCAUUUGCUUUUGGACGAUAAAGGUGUAAACCAAGAGAGAUUGAUGGAAGCUGUGUCAGAACAAGAGGAAAAUCUUUCUCUGGGUGAGAUAGAGCAGCUUGAAAAUCAAGUUCUUCCGCACAUCUCUGGCACAGAUCACUUACGCCUUAUCAGUUAUUAUAUGGUGCUACAAAAAAUAAGCGACGCCAACUUGUUCUAUGGUCUGCCACCAAGUCAGCACAUAAAACUCAUUAAGAAAGUUCGCGCAACUUCCCCGGACAUCGACUACAAGAUUUUGAGCUCUGACCCGGAUGGUGUUCUUACUAUGCUUGCCAAAAUUUUGUCCAAGGACAAUAUUUUGAUGGUCUCCAAACUCUUAAAAAUCCUCCCAGGUUCUUUGAGGUGCACUAUUCAACCUGGACAGUUAUACCGAGCUUGGAUGUUGAAAUUAUUCUUUCAAGUGUCUAAAAACUCAACGGACGAGCAAUGGCAGGGAAAAUUCAACAUUUGCAAAGAGCACUUUAGCAAGCUCAGUGCCUCCGAGUUUGAAGAUGUGGCUGCAGAAUUGUUUUUUUCUCGUGACGCAUACAAUCAUAUUUCCAGAGAAUGCAGACUAGAAUUUUUGUCGGAAAUGCUUAAAUUUAGCAGAGGAAGACAGCAAAUUGAGGAGUGGGGCGCUGUUGCCACAAAGCUCCAAACCUGGAAUGACCACCUCGAAUUGUUCUCUGCCGACAAAAUGGAAAAUUUAAGCUCGGCUAUUUCAUUAGAGUUUGCAAAGCGUUUGGAAAUGUCUCGAGGGGAGGAGGAUGAAGUGGAAGCAGUUGUCGAUGACAUCCUCUUGUCUGAAAUUCCCCUUUCAGGUGUAACGACUUUGCUCUCUUUAAAGAUAUUAGACAUUCCCUUAGGUUCAUAUCUCACCAAGAAACUGCAGGUUGCUCGGGAAACUGAGAGAUGGGAUCUUGUCUGUGCUAUAUUAAAAAGACUGAACCAACUAUUCCGUGAUAUGCCUGACAUGUUGGUGGACAAAUCGCUUCUCCGAGCGCAGAUUGAGCCACUCUGCGCUGACACGGAUGUGGACCCAGCUGUCCGACUGCAAGCUCUGAAGUUAACCCCUAGAGUUGCUCAAAAGUUGUCUGUGGAAUCUGACGACGCUGACGGCAAGAGUUGUGCCCUUUACACUACACAGGCUGUGCUGGCCACUGCUUGGCCUGACUCGCAGGAAGUGACUGUGAAGAGCGAGGAUCUGGAGAGCCCGCAGACAAGGAACAAACUUUUCGAUUUUUUGCUGAGUGAAGCAAAAUCUUGGCAGCAGCUCAUUGCUCUAAGCGAAGUGCUGAAGGCCUGGCACUCAGCAGGAUUGCAGUGCAAUGACCUCUGGACGCAAUUGGUGCCACAAAUGCUGGAUUCGAAAGACUCGUGCCAAAACGAAAUAUUUGAAAUUUUGCAUGACAUUGUCAUAACAAAGGGAAUACCGUCAGAGGGUCUUCUGGAAUUGAUUCAACCACUGCGUGGCGUUGAUCAAAAGUUGCAGCUCUAUUUGAUGAAUGAGGACACAAUUUUAAAGGAACAGGCGUUGAUUCUGUUUGAAAAUAAGGAAACGGACUGGGAACAGAUUGUCUCUUCAGACCUUAUUACUAUGCUAUUGGAGAGGAAUCUUGUGACACUUGUGAUUUCGACCCCUGUCUACCCUUACAUAAUUGCAUGCCUUCUAAAGGAGGAAGCCACCGAACUAAUCGAAGAAGUUGUUGAAUGUCUCUUAAGAGCUGGACACAAGGCAGAGGCAGGGUCAUUGCUGCUGCAAGCUAAACGGGUGCCCGCCGCUCUGUCAACAUUUUCAAUGGCAAUGGGAUCACUUGGCAGUUUAUUCCGGCUCAAGUACUAGUUCACUAAACAAUGUUUUCUUGCGUCUUAAGUCUUAAUAUGUGUGUUACAAACUGAAUUUUUGUUAAAUACUGGUUAAAAUAGAUUUUUAUUUAAUUGUUUGUGCUAUUGGAACAUAAAGCAGGUGCGCUGUUAAAGAAAGCAAAAAAAUGUUCCUUGAUUUUUUAUACGUGAUAAAAAUAUUACAUUAUAAAUUAAUUUUUUCUCUGA